CUGAAGUUUCAGCACCUGAACGUUUCUACUUCCGGUUCACUUGACGCAACAUCUGUGUCGGGGACUUGCAGUUUUUUCAUGUACGCUUCUCCAAACCAAACGAGCUCCUUCAAAGAUCUCUCAUCGGGGGGUCAGGUCACCUGCUUUACAGAGGAGAGUGGAGGAAAUCCAGGUCAUGACGAACAACUGAAAAACGAAAGAAAAUGAGGAGUCCCGCAGACGUCACUGUAGAAGAUCUUCACCCUGAGCAGCACAAUCCCCUCCACAUUAAACAGGAGGAGGAGUCCGACAUGCAGUGUAUCAAACAGGAGGCGGAGCCAGAGACCACUUACGUUAAAGAAGAACAGGAAGAUGAAAUCCCCACGUUUCCAAUUUGUGACAUUGUGAAGAUCGAACAAGAUGAAAGUCCAAGCGAAGAGAGCAGAUCAGCGAAACCUUCGAGCGACGGCUCAUUUCAGCACCUGACAACAAAAGCAGAGGGACGAUCGCAGCCGGACGGCCUCUUAGCUCCGCUUUCGGGCAGCGACGACAUAACGUCACAUUCUUCUGACUUUAAUACUGAUGAGGAGGAUGAUGACUCUGAUCAAAAUGCUUCAAACAAGUCACCAUUGAAAAGAAACAGUCAAGAAAGCGCGGGAGGGUCACCUGCUUUACAGACGAGAGUGGAAGAUGAGGAGAGGAAAUCCAGGUCACGACAAACAACUGACAAACUAAAGAAAAUGAGAAAUUCCGCAGACGUCGCUGUAGAAGAUCUUCACUCUGAGAAGCACGAUCCCCUCCACACUAAACAGGAGGAGGAGUCCGAGAUGCCUUGUAUCAAACGGGAGGCAGAGCCAGAGGACCCCGACAUCAAAGAAGAAAAACAGGAAGAUGAAAUCCCCAAGUUGCCAAUGUGUGUCAGUGUGAAAAUCGAAGAAGACGAAGGUCCGAGCGAAGAGAGCGGAGCAGCGAAACCUUUGAACGACAGCUCAUUUCAGCACCUGACAACAAAAGGAGACGGACAAUCACAAACAGACGGCCUCUUAGCUCCACUUUCGGACAGCGACGACGUAACGUCACACUCAUCUGACUUUAACACUGAUGAGGAGGAAGAUGACUUUGACCAAAAUGCUUCAAAAUCCUUAAACAAGUCAUCAUUGAAAAAAGACACUCAAGAAAGCGUGGUGAGGAAAGCUUAUCCCUGCUCACAUUGUGAUAAAACAUUUUCUUGGAAACAUCUUUUAAAAACACACAUCCGUACACACACUGGGGAGAAGCCUUUUGGCUGCACAAUUUGUGGUAAAAAAUUCUCUCAGAAAGGAAGUUUAGUCUUGCACGAAAGACUACACACUGGAGAGAAGCCUUUUGCCUGCUCACUUUGCGGGAAAAGAUUUUCUCAGAAGACUUAUUUAAGAAAGCAUCAGCGUACACACAGUGUAGAGAAGCCUUUCGUCUGUACACAUUGCGAUAAAAGAUUUUCUCGGAAUUCUAGUUUGAGUAGACAUAAACGUACACACACUGGAGAAAAGCCUUUCGCCUGCACACUUUGCAAUCAAAGAUUCACCGAGAAGGGGAGUUUAAACAAACACGCAAGCAGACACGCUGAGGAGAAACCUUUCGCCUGCACACUUUGCAAUAAAAGAUUUUAUCAGAAGACUAAUUUAAGAUUGCAUCAGCGUACACACAGUGGAGAGAAGCCUUAUGCCUGCUCACUUUGUGGCAAAAGAUUCACCCAGAAGGGACAUUUAAAAAAACAUACACUCACACACACAGGGGAGAAGCCUUUUGCCUGCACACUUUGUGAUAAAAGAUUUUUUCAGAAGACCGAUUUAAAAAAUCAUCAGCAUACACACACUGGAGAGAAGCCUUUCACCUGCACACUUUGCGAUAAAAGGUUUUAUUGUAAGGCCUAUUUAGAACUGCAUCAGCGUACACACAGUGGGAAAAAGCUUUUUGUCUGCACAACUUGUGGUAAAAGAUUCGCCAACAAGGGAGGUUUAAACCAACACACAAGGACACACACUGGAGAGAAGCCUUUCGCCUGUACUCUUUGCGACAAAAGAUUUUCAAAGAAGAGUCAUUUAGAACAACAUACACAUACACACACUGGAGAAAAGCCUUUUGCCUGCUCAUUUUGUGGUAAAAGAUUCACUCAGAAAGGAAAUUUAGUCUUGCACGAAAGAAUACACACUGGAGAGAAGCCUUUUGCCUGCUCACUUUGCGGGCAAAGAUUUUCUCAGAAGGUAAGUUUAGUAUUGCACACAAGAAAACACACUGUGGAAAAACCUUUGAAUUGCAGUGUGUGACCAAAUAUUCCAAUUCCUGCCACGCAUUUACAGUGGAAAAAGUAUUUCAAUUUCCUUAUGCAGUUUCCCUUAAGCCGCUUUAAAAAAACUUGUUCAAAUGAUUUUGCAGGUCAUGUUCUUUUUUACACCUAUCCAAUAUUCUGAUUUUCUAUAUUAAAUGAACUGAGUUACAUGUCUUGCUGUUGGGAUUCUUACACAACUUACAUACUGCUUACUAAAGCCCCUUUUAGACUUAUAUCCUGGAAAAAUACCCGUGUAAGGUGACACAGGAUUUAGCCGUUUCAUGGCUUUCACACAUGAGGAAAUGUCCCGGGAAUAAACCGUGUUGUAUGUGUGAAAGUGGGUUCCCAGGUUGGUGUCUCGGCACUCUGUGCAGGGAGGGCGGCUGGCGCGAUGUUAUAACCCUGACAUUGUCAUUUUAGGUAGCGUGCUGGGCACCGUUCGACACUUUGAACUCUCGAAUGUCGUGCAUUUGCAAGGCUUGUUUGUCCGCCGCCCUUCUUUUGAAAUCCUGUAGGUUGUGCUGUCAUUUGGGUUUAUUUAUUUUGUUGUCCAAUCUUCCUACCGCUUAGGGUAGGAAUGUUGUCACGGACACAUUGUGUUAUUCCCCCUUUUCCGCGAUCGUGUGUAUUUUUGUUUGUAUUUAAUAAACCCUU